GCAUUAGCAAACAUUCAAAUUAUUAACUUAAACUUUAGAGUUUUUGAAUAAUAUCCCAUUAUCAUGGCCUCUCAACUUUUCUUCCUCACAUUUCUUGCUAUUACUUGUUCCAUAGCAUUGGCAUCAGAUCCUAGCCCUCUUCAAGAUUUUUGUGUUGCAGAUCCAAAUAGUCCUGUGAAGGUGAAUGGUGUAGUUUGCAAAGAUCCCAAUGCUGUAGAAGCCAAAGACUUCUCUAUGAGUGGGUUGAAUGUGGCAGGUGACACAAACAACUUUGUUGGCUCUGCAGUGACUCCAGCCAACGUUGUCCAAAUCCCAGGGCUCAACACACUUGGAAUCUCUAUGGUUCGUAUUGACUAUGCCCCAUGGGGAAUCAACGCACCACACACCCAUCCUCGUGCCACUGAAAUCUUGACUGUCCUCGAAGGCACUCUCUUGGUUGGCUUCGUCACCUCUAACCCAGAAAACCGUCUCAUAACCAAGACACUGAACAAGGGUGAUGUCUUCGUCUUUCCCAUUGGACUAAUUCACUUUCAACAGAACAUUGGUUAUGGCCCUGCAGUUGCCAUUGCAGCUUUGAGCAGCCAAAACCCAGGUGUUAUUACUAUUGCUAAUGCUGUUUUUGGAUCAAAGCCCGACAUCUCGACCAAUAUUCUUGCUAAGGCUUUCCAAACUGAUUCUGCUAUAAUAGCCAACAUUCAGUCUAAGUUCUAGACAAAUAUACAGUAGGACACCUCAGAGACUAGAUGUCCUGUUAUAAUUCUCUUAUGCUACUUUUUUUCAUAUUUUAUUGCCAUUUUAGUUACAUUUGAUGUUUCAUUCACUGUUGUAUUCAAUUCUAAAAUUUAUGUUUAUCAUUCAAUAAUAAACCAUUUUGUUUAAGGGACCCGUUUUUAGUUAUUGAGAUUUA